ACUACUGCUACUACUACAACUACUACCACUAGUACUGCUACUACUACUACUACUACCGCUGCUACUACUACUACUGCUGCUACUACUACUACUACUACUCCUACUACCACUACUACCGCUGCUACUACUACUGCUAUUACUACCACUACUACUACCACUACUACCACUGCUCCUGCUACUACUACUACUACUACUGCUACUACUACUACUACCACUGCUACUACUACUACUGCUGCUACUACUAAUACUACUACUACUACUGCUACUCCUACUACCACUACUACUACUACUACUACCACUGCAACUACUACUACUACUACCACUACUGCUACUACUACUACUACUACUACUACUACUACUACUACUCCUACUACCACUACUACCGCUGCUACUACUACUGCUAUUACUACCACUACUACUACCAUUACUAUUACUACUACUGCUACUACUACUGCUACUACUACCACUGCCACUGCUACUACUACUACCGCUACUACUACUACUACUACUACUACUACUACUGCUACUCCUACUACCACUACAACC